AUGGCUGCCUCCACCAUGUCUGUCUGCUCUGACGCCUGCACCAACUCCUCCUGGCAGGUGGACGACUGCCCAGAGAGCUGCUGUGAGCCUACCUGCUGUGCCCCCAGCUGCUGCCAGCCCAGCUGCUGCCAGCCCAGCUGCUGUGUGCCCAGCUGCUGCCAACCUAGCUGCUGUGUGCCCAGUUGCUGCCAGCCCAGCUGCUAUGCCCCAGCCCCCUGCCUGACCCUCAUCUGCACCCCAGUGAGCUGUUCAUCCAGCCCCUGCUGCCAAUCUGUCUGCUGCUCACCCUCAUGCUGCCAGCCCUCAUGCUGUCAGUCUUCCUGCUGUGUGCCUGUCUGCUGCAAGCCUGUCUGCUGCACACCCAUCUGCUCUGGACCCUCCUCAUGCUGCCAGCAGUCUAGCUGCCAGCCCUCCUGCUGUCAAUCCUCCUGCUGUGUGCCUGUCUGCUGCAAGCCUGUCUGCUGCACACCCAUCUGCUCUGGAUCCUCCUCAUGCUGCCAGCCUGUCUGCUGCAAGCCUGUCUGCUGCAAGCCCUGCUCCAGUGUGUCCCUGCUCUGCCGCCCUGUGUGCAGACCUGCCUGCUGUGUGCCCACCUCCUCCUGCUGUGCCUCCUCCUGCCAGCCCAGCUGCUGCAAGCCCUGCUCCAGUGUGUCCCUGCUCUGUAGCCCUGCCUGCUCCCGCCAGGCCUGCUGUGGCCUCUCCUCGGGCCAGAAGUCCAGCUGCUGCUGA